UCUAAUGUAGCGCAUUAGUGCAAUUAGAUUGCACUGUAUUUGAUCGAUCUUUCCUUGUUUCCAUCUGUUUCUACGAAGGAUUUGAACAAUUAACAUGGCGGUGCAAUACGCUCCUAUGAAGCUGCGUGUUCCGCCGGGCUUCCAAAAUUUAUUGGAGGGUUUGGCGAGGGAAGUUUUGCGAGAGCAACCAGAGGACAUCAUCAACUUUGCCGCACAGUAUUUCAAAAACCAGCUUCUAAUCCGUGAAGAGACUGGCAAAGACAAUGCAAAGAAGGGUGAUCAAAUGGAAAAGCUGCAGAGAGGAGAGGAAGUUGACAUUGAUAUGAAUGACCCUGAUGUGCAGAAAGCUGCGACUAAAAUUCAAGCAAGCUUCCGAGGACACAAAGCUCGGGAGGACGUGAAGAAGCACAAAGAUGAGGAAACUGCAGCUGUCAAAAUUCAGGCAAGUUUCCGCGGGCACAAAGCACGUGAGCAGAUAAAGGAGAUAAAGGCUUCAAAAAGCGAUGUGCAAGUAUCAGUGAGUGUAGAUGCUGCUGAAGACGCCCCAGAAGAAGUUGUCUCUAUAGAGGUACCUGAUAAUGAGGUUGUCCAGGCAGGAGAGGCAGAAGCUGCUGAAAAACCAGUGAAGCAGGAAGAUGCUAUUGAUGAGCAAGAUACUGAGGGGCAAGCUACAGAGGACCAACCCACUGACGAGCAAGCCACAGAUACACAACCUGAUGACUUGGCAGCUGCAAAAACUGAAGAUGCUGAAGCUGAUGUGCAGGAGCCUGUGGAGCAGGAAGGACAACCUGAUGGUGCUGAAGGAGGAGAGGCAGUUGACAAGGAGAAGACAGAAGUCGUUCAAGUUGAAGAGGCUGUAACAGAAGAAGCAGCUGUUGAUGAAGCCAUUGGCAAAGAUGCUGAUGAAGUUGCCGAGGAUGCUGAUAAAGAAGAUAAGGUUGAGAAAGAGGGAGAGGUAAUUACUGAUGAGCAAGCUAGUGCAGCAGAUGAGGCAAAGGUAGAAGUUGAAAUAGCUCAAGAAGAGGGUGCUUUUCUGGCAGAGGUAUCCAAAAAUGACGUUGCUGUCCAAGAAGUAGUAAUGCAAGAGGGCUCUGCUGCCCAGAAACUAGCUGGGGAGGAUGAGAAUACAUCUCAAGAGGGAGAAACCCAAGGAGAAGUUGUGAUGCUAGAAGGAGAUGCUAUGGAACAAAAUACCAUCCAGGUGGAACCUGUUCAGGAUUAUGGCACGGCCACCGAAGAGGUAGAGGGAUCCAAGGAAGACAACAGUAGGCAGAAUGAGGAUGCUGGCUUUGUUGCUAAAGAGGAGGUAGCUGAGGCAGGCUGUGGUGACAAAGAGGGGAUGACUGAGGAGGGUGGUGAUGCGGAGGAAGGGGUAGCUGAAGAAUGCUGUGAUGCCAAGCAGGAAGAAGCUGAGGCAGGCACUGAUGCUAAGGAGGAGGUAAUUGAGGUAGCUGGUGAUGCUAAGGAGGAAGUAGCUGAGCCAGGUAUUAAUUGUGAGCAGGAGGAAGUAGAAGGAGGUAGUGCUGUUGGUGAAGAUGUAGUUGAGGGAGCUAAUGAUGCUCAGGAAGGGGCAGCAGAGGCAACUGAGGCAGAUGGCCAUGCCAAUGUGGAGGUAGCUGAGGCAAACUGUGAUGCUAAGGAGGAAAUGGCUGAUGGAGACAGUCCUGCUAAGGCGGAGGAUGCUGAAGCAGGCAUUGUGGUUAGGGAGGAGGUAACUGAGGCAGGGAACAAUUCUAAGGAAGAGGUUGCUGAGGCAGGGGAUAAUGCCAAGGAGGAGAUGGCUGAUGGAGACACUCCUGCAAAGGUAGAGGAUGCUGAAGCAGGCAGUGUGGCUAGGGAGGAGGUAACUGAAGCAGGGAACAAUUCUAAGGAAGAGGUUGCAGAGGCAGGGGAUAAUGUCAAGGAGGAUAUUGCUGAGGCAGGCAGUGAUGGUCAAGAGCAGGAAGCUGAGGCAGGUGUUAAUGCUGAAGAGGGGGCUAUUGAAGGAAAUACUGAUGCUACAGAAGAGGUGGCUGAGGCUGGAAGUGAUGCACAUGAGGAGAAAGUGGAGGCAGCUGGUGAUGCCAAGGUAGAAGAAACUGUGGCAGCUAGUGAGGAUGCAGGGGAAUCUACUUUGGCUGAUACCAAUGAAGAACAAGUGUUGAUGCAAGAAGAAGGCAGCAGCAAACAGGAGAGUGCAAAUAAAGGAGAUGAUCGAAUUCCAGUAGAAGAAGGAGAGGUUGGAGGAGCCUCAUCUGAAGAAGGAAAUAAAGGGGCGUCAGUGGAGGGAAAUGAUGAGAUUCCGUUUGAAGCAGAUGGGGGGAGCACUCUAUCAGAAGAAGGAAAUGGUGGGGCUGCUAAAGAGGGAGAAGAGAAAACUGCCUCAGGGGAUGGAGAUGGGCCGGCUCCUGUAAAAGAAGAAGAGAUAGCACCACCGGGAGAAGGAGAUAAAGAAGAACCAGCUGCGAAUUAG